AUGGCCCCCGCUCCCGUGCUGCCGCCUGCGCCCCAGCGCCCGCCGCCCGCGGCCAUGAGCCAGGCUGAGCGGGCCCGGGACCGCCAUGUUUGCUCCUUCCAUCCGCUCGGCCUCGACGUCCCCGACCUCAGUCCCGCCCUCUUCGCCGCCCCGGACUGCCUCCCGCCCAAGGGCCACCGCCCGCGCGCCGCCAGUGACGCCGUGCUCACCGCCAUCGCCCAGCUCGCCGUGCUGCACCUGCGAGCCCGCCACGCCCUGAUCUCGCUGAUCGACAGCCACUCGCAGACGGUGCUCGCCGAGGCCACGCCCGCCCGUCCCGUGUGCCGCGACACCCCUCCCUUCGACUCUGAUACCGACGCGGGCGACGCCCUGUGGCUGGGCGUGUGCUCGUUCCCGCGCCGCGCCGGCCUGUGUGAGCUCCUUCUCGACGGCCAUGACCCGCCAUCCGCCAUCGUCAUCGACCAUCUGCAACACGACCGACGCUUCCAAGCCCGCUCCUUUGUCCAGCACGCCCCGCGCUUUCGCUUCUAUGCCGCCGUGCCGCUGGUCGCCCAGACGGGCGACGUCGUCGGCAGCCUGUCCGUCUGGGACGACGAGCCCCGCGACGGCCUUGGGCCCCACCAUGUCCGCGCCCUCCAGGACGUGGCCGUCGCCGCCAUGUCGUACCUCAACGUCUCGCGCGCCAUGGACGACAGCCAGCGCGGCGAGCGCAUGGUCCGCGGCCUGACCUCCUUCGUCACCGGCGCCUCCGAUCUGCAGGACCAGGCCGAGCUGAACGUGCCGCGCAGCCCCCCGAUCCCCACCACCGCCUCGCUGCCCACCCAGUCUUCUGACCUGCCCAUACUGGAGAGGCCCGUUGCCAACGGCACUCCUCUGAACGGCCUCCACCCGCUCGUCCAGACCCCCGCCACUGCUGCCGACAUGCAGUCCCCCCAGAGUGCGGAUGACCUCUUCACCCUGCAAGACAGCAUCCUCCCUUCUGGCGCCAAGCGCAUGUUUUCGCGCGCAGCCAACAUCAUGAGAGACUCGAGCAGUCUGUCGGGCGUCAUCAUCUUCGAUGCCUCUCUGGCGAACCCGGGCGUCUCGGCCGGAAGCACGCCUUCGUCCGAGUCCAUCAGCGACACGGACGAUGCAUCCAGCGACGGAAAGGACGACGACGACGACUCGACUGGCACCGACAGCCCCGCCCUGUGUAAGAUCCUCGGCUUUGCUGACACGGACAUCUCGAGCCGCGCCGGGACCCACCCGAAAAAGGACUACCUCGCGCUGGCCGAGUCUGAUCUGAAGCGUCUCUUGAAUCAAAACCCGCAAGGCAAAGUCUUUCACUUGCCGCCGUCGCCCGAUUCCGAGAGUUCUUCCGGCGACGACGCGGCACAUCGCCCAAGGCGGAAGCGGACAGGCAACCCCAGGUUCUCUGCCGUGGCCGCCAUCAUGGAAGUCGCCCAGGAUGCCCGGAGCGCCGCAAUUGUCCCUCUCUGGGACUUUCAGCGAGAACGGUGGUUUGCUGGCGCCCUCUGCUGGACUACGGAUCCUAGACGCCAGUUGUCCUACGGCAGCGACCUGCUCUAUCUUCGGACCUUUGGCAACAGCAUCAUGGCCGAGUUGAGCCGGCUCGACGCCUUGACCAUCGACAAGGCCAAGACCACCUUCGUCGAGUCCAUGUCCCACGAGCUGCGCUCGCCGCUCCAUGGCAUUCUGGGUGGCGUCGAAUAUCUCCAGAGCAUGCCGCUCGACACCUUCCAGACCAGCGUCGUCACCUCCAUCGGCCUUUGCGGGCGGACUCUUCUCGACACGGUCAGAAACGUGCUGGAGUAUUCCAAGAUCAACGAGCGGAACCGACGGCCGGACAGGCCCUCGAAGAAGCAGCGGCCGGCGCUCCGUUCAUCGCCGUCGACACCCACUGUCGAUCUCCGCCAGCUGACCGAGGAGACGGUCGAAGCCGUCUUUUCCGGACACUCGUACACCAUAAGCUCCACCCAGCAGGGCGAAGAAUCCGACGAGACCUUUUUGCACCCAGGUCACCAAGACAUGCCAUCGCCUUCAGUGGAAGACUCUGUCCGCAGACCAGUGCGCAUCAUCCUCGACAUGCCCGAUCACCGAUCGUGGCUCUUUGCAAUGCAGCCGGGUGUCUGGCGGCGCAUUCUCAUGAACCUCUUCGGAAACGCACUCAAGUAUACCAGCGUCGGCUUCAUCCGCGUCUCGCUCUCGGCGACGGAUGUCGACGAAUACGAGACCGAGGUCUGUCUGACGGUGAAGGAUUCGGGGACUGGGAUAUCAUCCCAGUUUCUUCAGAACAGCUUGUUCAAGGCCUUCUCGCAGGAGGACCCCUUCGCCCCAGGGACCGGUCUCGGCCUCAGCAUCGCACGGCUGCUCGUCGACAGCCUGGGCGGCAAAAUCAACGUGCAGAGCACGCAGGAUGUGGGGACCGAGGUGCGGGUGACUGUCUCUUUGGCAAAGCGCACUGCGAGCGGCAAGAACUUUAUUCAAACCAUUGCGGCACGUGUCCAGCACAGAAGAAUCUGCAUUCCGGGCGAGCUUCUCCCAAAGCCUGCAGACGUCCAGGACUGCGUCGCUCAAGGGGAGCACAGCUUCGUCAAAUCGAUUGCCGGAACAGUGCGCGAGUGGUUCAAGGUGCAGACGGUCGCCGAUGUGGACCCAGAGGCCGACCAAUUGGUCAUUUACCCGGGGCCGAACAUGGAGUACAUGUCCAAGCCGCGACCUCACAAGGGAAUGACUGUCGUCAUUGCACUGGACGCAACCGAAGCCGCCACUUUACGAACGGACGCAAGGAUCGUUGGAGGCUGGAUCGAAGUCAUCACUCAACCCUGUGGUCCCUACAAACUGGCCAAACUCCUCGGACUCUACCUCAACCGACAGAGCUCGACGCUCGAAAGGUCGUCAGAAAGUCCAGCUGGCGGGACGAUAACCACCUUACCCCACCAUCCUAGACCGAGCGACGGCCCUGGUGAAGACCAAGCCGCCUCUCCCCCGGCUCCCCGCGAACCGGUGCAGCGCCCCUCUACACCGCUCAAACGGCCAUCUCUCCUUCACAACGCAACACCCGACGCGGCAGCCACACCCGACCAAUGCCGUCCCCUCCGCCAAACCCCAACACUGAGAUCACCGCUGCAACGCCGGCACACUCGAGAAGAGUCAUCAUGUCGAUCCCGCUCCGUGUCGUCCCAAGGGCGACGCCGAGGGACGCACAUCCUGAUCGUCGACGACAACGCCAUCAACGUGCGGCUGGCGUCGGGUUUCUUAUCCAAGAACGGGUUCCCCGACCACAGCUCAGCCAGCAACGGCCUCGAGGCCGUCAACAUGUUCAAGGCCGACCCGCUGCGCUGGGCGGCAAUCCUCAUGGACUUGAGCAUGCCGGUGAUGGAUGGGGUCACAGCGACGCGGGAGAUCAGGGCGUGGGAGAAGAGAAGAGCGGAGAAAGGACGAGACGGGGGGAAGCGCGGAGGAGCGGAGCGGCUAUCGGAAACGAAGCCGAUGAAGGAUGGUGAUGACGGAGAAUCCGGGGCCACAGACUUGACGGCGGCGGAGGUGGAUGCAGCGGCUUCCGGACAGGCGAAGCAGUCCACCACCUCAGGAGAGCGCAUGGAGGAAACCACACCGUCGACGAACCAAGACGAGUCAGCAACGACGGCAUCGGAAGAGGGUGCCACGUCGGUCUCGUCACCCGCCCCAGCAGCCCCCGUUUCGAAAGCCGGGGUGCAAAUCAUCGUCACCACGGGCCUCGGCAGCGCCAGCGCGCGGUUCGAGGCGCUGAGCGCCGGGGCGGACGAGUACAUGACGAAGCCGAUCCAGUUUGCGGCCCUGACGAAGAUGAUACGGGAGCGGAUGGAGGCCGUGGCGGCGGCAUCUGCAUCUGCGGCGCCGUCGGUACCCGCAUCUCCCGCCGUGUCCUCUGCCCCUCCUCCGCCCGAUACCCCUUCGUCAGUCACGGGAGACGACGGACCCGAAGACGUGGACGGGGUUGCGACGUAG